GAGAUGUCAUCAACUGAGACUAAAGAGGUUCUGGUUUUAGAGCCUUCGGUUAGAGAUGAGGCUCCUCGUUCUAUACGUAGGCGAAUUAAACGUGCCCGACGUAGACGAAGGGUUUUUAUUGGACGCAAGUUAAAAAAUCCAAAGCUGCGACAGAAGGAGUUGGUUGAGGUAGUUGAAGAUUGUCUACCAACUACUGGCUCUGAAGAAGGUGAGCCUACACUUGUUGGCAUGUUUUCAACAAAGUACAAGAGGAAACGAAUUUCGAGUCUUCAGUCCAUAGAGGGUAGAAUAAAAAGAGUUAAGCUCUUAUCCAAGCCAUUGGAGGACACCAGUGGAGAUCCUAUAUCUGAUCAAGUAGAAAAAGAUUGUCUGAACGAGAAACUGGACCAAGAUCAAGACAUUCAGCGCAGCAAAGCGAAGUUCAUGAAGAACAUACGACAUUUCAUAAUGCCAGUUGUGAGUGCCCGAUCCUCUCGGGUGAUCAAAACACCAAAAAGGUUCAUGGAUGAUGCUGGUAUGUCUGAACUGCCCAGAAGAAACUCCCAAAAGAAACUAGGUCUACAACCGAAAUCGAAGAAGCAAGAUUCUUGUGAAAGAGGCGAACCUGGAGCUCUUCAAUCUCAGGAUGAAGAUGAUCUGAGUGAAACUCAGACUGAUCUCGAUUUGUCUUCCAUUUGGGAAUCAAAACCUAAAUCACCUGUUGACACAGGGAGCCUCAUGGAAAAGCCAUCUGGGAAAAGACGAUCGCUUCUCAGAAAUCCUGGUUUCAAAUGGCAAGCCCUGGAGCCCACCAGUGCAGACAUUUAUACCUUCGAUGAAGACCUUGACAAAGAGUUGGAGACUUUGCUAUCAGCCAAAGAUUUUCCGGUGGAUACACUUCUUGAUCCACCCCAAAAGAAGAAAAGAUCCACAAAGUUCAAAGUGCAUGCUUCAAAAUUGAGGUUAUACAAGAAACUGAAACUUAAACAGAGCCUCGCAAGGCGUAAAAAGACUCCAACAGAUAAAAUGGGGAAAGCUGUUUCAUCCCCUCCUAAGGGACAGAAGAUAGAGUUGGAAGGAGCCAGUCUAAUACAAUCCCUUAGAGACAUGAAAAAGGAAAAAGCUAAACUUAAGAUUGAGGAUCUCAACACACCUGGGGUUGUUCGCAAGGUUUCCAUCUGUGUCCGAGCUCUGAGUUCCAAGUUGCUGUUGCAACACCAGACAAAAGAUAUCCAAGAGGAUGAACAGCCAGAUGAAUUCUCCAUUCAUACAGACAUUUCACUUCCCAAUAAAUGUAAAGACUUUGAGAAACUGCAUCUCACAGAAUCAGAUGGAAUUGUUUCUGAGGAAGCUGAGGAACAUGCUGUUGAGGAGAAGAAUACCUCCCAGCGUCCCCGCCUUACAGGAGCUAACAAGCGCAUGUUCAACCUCUUGAAGAAAGCCAAGGUUCAACUCAUCAAAAUAGACCAGCAGAAACAGCUUAAAUCAUCUGGGCUCUUGCCUGAGAGUAGAAUCACCUCAACAAAGAGGCAGAGACGAAAAAAGAAGGAACGCAUUGAAAAUGCCUGUCCUAACAAGACUGAUGCCUCUCCAGAGCAGGAGCCUGCCAGGGGAGGUCCUCGCAUUAAACAUGUAUGUAGAGCUGCAGCUGUGGUUUUGGGGCAGCCUCGUGCCAUGAUUCCUGAUGACAUACCCCGACUCAGUGCACUACCCCUGCAUGAGAGAUCAGACAUAUCCCCUUCACCUGCAGAAAAAGGUGUUGAGUCACACUCUGACCCAGAAAGCCCUGUGUUACAAGAACACAGGAAACCAAAGUUUCACAAAGGUAGAGCGCACUUGUUUGGGCCCCGGUCCCGAAGGUGUGGUGAGUGCAAAGGCUGUUUCCAUGAAGAGGACUGUGGCAAGUGCAUAAACUGCCUGGACAAACCCAAGUUUGGUGGUCCCAACACAAAACGUCAGUGCUGCGUAUACAAGAGAUGUGACCAAGUUGAGGAAAGGAAGGCCUUGAGGCUGAGUGGCAAGUUACAAAAAGGGCACAAGAAACGGCUUUCAUCGAUCAGUGUGGGUCACUCAAGUAAUGAAGACGGUGAGGGCAACGAUGGGAUUGGGCGAGCGUUUCCACCCUCUCUGGGUGACAGUCCAUCUGUGCGGAAACAGCCACGGCGACAUGUAAAACCACGUUCCUACUGCGACCUGCUGGAUUACGAUUCCGACUUCGACUGGAUUGGAGGUUCGAACUCCACCUCUCCAGCCCGCAGGAGAACUCCUGGCCUUCGCAAUGCAGAUUUUGUGUCAUUGGAUGACUUCAUUGGUGACGCUUUUGACGAGGGAGUGCGGCAUCGCCGGUCUGGCUUCCACAGAGGUCAACCUCUCAGACGUAAAGUAGAAAAGAGCCCUCAGGAACAGACUCCACCCAGCGUCCUUGCGGCACUUGCCAAUGGUUUUGAACAGAGAGAGCAGGAGACUGCUGAACCCACACACAAGAUCUGUGUCAAUUUUAAGGAGGACUGUAGUGUGCAGAGCGUGUGGGCAACAGGCGGUCUCAGUAUACUCACCUCUGUACCCCUCGUGCCCCAAUACGUCUGUCUGCUGUGCGCCAGUAAAGGCCAACAUGAGAUGCUGCACUGUCAGGUAUGCUGUGAGCCUUUCCAUCGUUUCUGCUUGGAGCCUUCUGAGCGCCCCCUGGAAGAGAACAAGGAGAAUUGGUGUUGUCGCCGCUGCAAGUUCUGCCACGUUUGUGGUCGCAAGAACAAAGAAUCCAAGCCUUUAUUGGAGUGUGAAAGGUGUAAAAAUUGUUAUCACCCUGCCUGUCUUGGUCCCAACUACCCCAAACCCAGCAAACGGAAGAAGCCCUGGGUGUGUAUGACAUGCAUCAGGUGUAGAAGUUGUGGUGUGACCCCAGGAAAAAGCUGGGACACAGAGUGGAAUCACGACAAGGGUCUGUGUCCUGACUGCACUAGAUUGUUUGAUCAAGGUAACUACUGCACCAUGUGCUUCAAGUGCUAUGAAGAUAAUGACUAUGACAGUCAGAUGAUGCAGUGCUCCUCGUGUAACCACUGGGUCCAUGCUAAAUGUGAAGGUUUGACAGAUGACAUGUAUGAAAUCUUGUCCAGUCUACCUGAGAGUGUGGUGUACUCAUGUCAGCCCUGCCUACAAGCACAACCUGAUGGAGGUGAAAUGAAUGGAGCAGGGUGGAGAGAACUGCUUGAUCAGGAGCUGAAGGCGGGUAUAGAGAGAGUCCUGGCUUGCCUGCUGAGCUCCACCUUUACAAAACACCUGGUCAUCUGCAAGCAGUGUUCGAUGUUGGGUUCUCCAAACAAUAGUGCUGAGGCCUUGCCUGUUUGCGACUUCCGUGCUGUGGGAAAGAAGUUUGAUGAAGGCUUGUACACAACCCUGACAUCUUUCCAUGAAGAUGUGGCUAAGGUCAUUCGUAAUCAUUUGGACGAAGAGGAAGCUCUACCAGAGGAGCAAAGACCCACUGCCCUCGCCCGCUCCUACUAUCUGACGCUCUUCGAGGAUGUUUACAGUUGGUUCAACAGUCAGGAUCCAAAAGUGUGGGAUCCACACUUCAAACAUCUGCCAGUUGGGAUGCUUUCACAUGCUGUGAUGCCGCCAAAUUAUGAACAUGUUUAUGCACAAUGGCGGGAGCGAGAUGGCUGUAGUAAGGUGUUGGACGACACCUUGCAUGUUUUUGGAGGACACACUGAUGUUAAGAUGGGGGAAGAACCAGAUUUGUCAACACCUUUGGGCCAUAGUCACUAUAUGGAGAUGAGGGCAUUAAGACUGAAACUGAAAGGCAAGAAGGGUCGACCAGCUAAAGCGGACCUGGACACCGGUUGGUCAAAAGAAGACGAGAGGCAGUGCGCUCUGUGCCAAAAAUAUGGUGACGCAAAGGCCAGUGAUGCAGGAAGGCUGCUUUACCUUGGGCAGAAUGAAUGGGCUCAUGUGAACUGCACCAUGUGGUCUGCAGAAGUGUUUGAGGAGGAUAAUGGCUCACUUCUGCAUGUUCACAGUGCUGUAGCACGAGGUCGUCUUAUGCGUUGUGAACGAUGUAACCGAACUGGGGCCACGGUCGGUUGCUGCCUUACUUCAUGCCAGAGCAACUACCACUUCAUGUGUGCCCGCUUCCGCAACUGUGUCUUCCAGGAUGAUAAGAGAGUCUUCUGCCACAAGCACCGUGACCUUAUAAGUGGAAAAAUGAUAUCUGGUCAAGGAUUUGAAGUACUCCGCAGAGUUUAUGUGGAUUUUGAAGGGAUAAGUCUUCGCAGGAAGUUUUUGACUGGGUUGGAGCCAGAAUCUAUCAAUUUAAUGAUUGGUUCUUUACUUGUAGAGAAGCUUGGAAAGCUAAAUGAAUUGUCGGCUUGUCAUGGAAAACUUUUCCCUGUGGGUUACGAAUGCUCUCGCUGGUAUUGGAGUACUGUAAAUCCAGCUCAUCGCUGCAAAUACACAUUUCGUGUUAGAGAGGUCCGACCACCUGUUCAGGAAAAACCAGUGGAAGAGUUGCCUUACCAGGGAGAAAAUUGCACAAUUGCUCACAGCUCAUACACCCACUUGGAAUCUGAAAACGCAGAAGUGGAUUUAACCUCCACAAAUUCUUCCACAUCUGUUUUUGCCAAACCGUACCUUGGUGCACGCCCCAAAAUCCCUACAUAUCCUCAGAACAGAAGACCUGCUGGAGGACUGUCCAGACCUCUGCCCUGUCCAGGAACUGCCCCAUCUAAGUCUCACCACAUCUUGACUAUCAGUGAUUUGGAUGACACACGAAGGCCACGACGCCAUAGCCCACACUCCCAUAAUAGUGGUUCCCGCAGUCACAUGACCUCCCCUACUCUUGGGUCCCCAGCGGGUCCAAUUGCAUCUAGAGCAGGUGGUUCCCUCCACUCAAAAACCUCCCAGCCUACCUCCCCAGUUUUCCCCCUUGGUGCUACUGAAAACCAGCUGACCUCUUCAUCAUCUCGCCCUGUUGGUCGAAGUGCUUCCUCAGUUCGGGGUUCUGGAAUAUUGACACCCCAUUCUACCUCAGGACUGCUCUCACAGUCCACAUGGCAAGGUGGCGUUGGCAGCACCCCUUGCACCAACCGAACCCUCACAUCUCCCACCCACCUCUCCAAGAGAUCACGGCCUUUUGAAUUCAAUCAGUUAGACUCUCUUGAACUUCCACACAAUUUCAUAGCAUCACCACAAGAGCAUCCAGCAGAAAAUGGUGCCUUUCCAUUAGGGGACUCUUUGUGUAGGCAAAAUCCUUACACCACCUUCCAUUUGGAGACAGACCUGACUGUAGUACCUGAGCUGAAAACUGAGCUUGAAAUUGGAGAAACGGUGCUAAAUGAGGGAGUUGCUAUGAACUGCAGUGCGCAAAUUGUAGUUGAAGGUGAAGACAACGAGGAGGACCUCUGGGAGCCGGAUGAAGAGAAAUCCACAAUGUCUGCCCAGAGAUUGUCUUGUACUGUAAACCCAAGGGAAGACUGGGGAAAUAGUUCCUCUGAUGAGGACAUGGAGAACUACUUCAAUUUCACUCGCACUGUUGUGACUUGCAAGGCUCAAAGGGAUGCCUCGCAAACACCUAAAUCUCCAUCAUUAAGGCAUAUUUCCCAACUUGAUGGUGUAGAUGAUGAGACAGAGAGUGAUACAAGUGUAGCUAAUAAUGAUAACCAGAGCAUGAAGAAGUCAAAUCAGGCCCAAAAGCCACAAAAAUCACUUAAUUCUGACCCUCACGAACAGCCAACCAGCAAUGGGCUAUGUUUUCCAAGUCCUGUCUCUGAUAUUUCAUCUAUUGGUUGUCGGUUAGAACCUGUGUCCAACUCUGUUGACACCCAUUCCUCAGAGGUUAAUGCCAAGCAAAAUUACUUUGGUGUAACUCAAACAUUGCAGUCAGACCCAGUGGUAGGUAUACUCCCACAAGACACUCAUUUUGUUGACCCAAAUAUGGCAUUUUCUACAUAUGGUAUUGAUUGCCAUGACACUAGUUUAGUUGUUGAGCCAGAGAUACCCUUGUUCCUUGAGAGAUGCGAUCCACCUUCACCCAAUGCACAUUUCACAGAUCUUGUCCCAGUUCAGGAAGAUUCUGUUAGUGAACCUCAAGAAUCUACAGAGUCAAAGGAAAUAUAUUUGGAUCCUAGUAGUGGGCACUUUGUAUCUUCUAUGGAUGGGUCUACAGUUAAUUCAAACCACUUGCCUGGGGAUGCUCCUGACCUUUUAACAGUGGGCCCAGUUAAUGGAAUUCAGCCGUUACCGCAGCAAACUCCUGUCCUUUACUCAGGGUUGCCCAAAUAUACAUCAUCUCCUGAACCUGUAUCUUCCAGCCCCUCUGUACAUGUUCCUUGUCCAACAUUCCCAAACCAGGCACCUUUAUUAAAUGUUCCCCUGUACCCUGUCCAAACUCCUGAGGGCAAGACAGUCUUGCCACCCAUGGAGAGUUUCAGAACCAAACUACAUCCACUUACAGACCCAAGGCAUCCCGCCCCCACAGUUUCUAGAGGGACAAUGCCAUGUGUUCCCACAAAUUUUCCACAGAAACCAGAGUCAAUGCUCUCCGUGCCAUCAGCAACUGGUGUGCCCUUUGGGACAUAUGGGCCAGUUUCAGGUACAGUGUCCGUUCCGCUGUAUCCCACAUACUCUCAGCCUAUUGGCUCUAGAACAGUCGCUGUAGUUUCCUCAUCCCCCGCGAUGACCUCCCAAUCUUCCUUGCAGUGCCAACCAAUGCCUUCUUCAAUUCAGCCAGCCUCUGGUCCAGUUGUCAUGAAUGGGUUCAACACAAUACCUAUGCAAAGAGAAACUGCCGUAGGACGGAGGAUUUCCAUAAAUUUCUCAACUCCCAGAUCAACAAUGGAACCCCAACAACCGUUGGUUACCCAAGCAUUACCAGGUCAUGCUAUUCUUACAGUAAAGGAAGUUGGUGGACCCAAUGUGGAUCCCACACCACAUAUUUUACUUGUUAAUCGUCUUGGUCAGAUUUUUGUCAAGAACCCCGAAAGUAACACCUUCCAGCUGCCAUCUCCAAAUUCCCCUUCUUUCAACUGUGUCACCCAAAUUGCCAGCCUCUUGCAAAGCAAUGCCUUGUCGGCAACGCUUGCAGCAGCUGGUAACUUGCCUAUAGUUGGAGGGGCAACUAAUCCAACCCAAGUCCCACAUAUUGUGACCCCAGUCGUACAGACCUCUAACGCCAUUACCCAGCUACUCACUACCAAUAACAAUGGAACAUCUUCAUUACCGGCAGAUACUAAGAAGCCACGCAGGUGUACCAAAGCUUCUGGAGAUGGUUCCACAUCAGGAAUAAAGAAGCCACGAAAUAAGGAGUCCUCCACACAGAGGAGGAUGAAAUCUGCUAGCACAACAGCCCCCACAAUCAAACAAUCUGCAGUGCAAAUAACAACCCCCUCAGAUGCAUCUAAACUAGCAGAAGGUGCCCAAGCUAUUAUCAACCAAGCUAUGGCUGGCUAUUAUGACCCCAACAAGACUGUUUCCUGUAUUCUUAGCCCAUCAUCACCUCGUAACACUACCCCUGUUGGGCAAACUCAAACAACGAGUUCUGUAGUUUUGCCCCCAGAUGUCCUUGUCAAACCAGAUGCAAUGACUUCCCCGCCAGCUAUACCAGAAGCAGCUCCUCGGCCAAAGCAGGUUCGAAUGAAAAGAGUGUCCUCUAUUUCUGACCGAAUUGCCACAAAAAAAUCAAAAGCUGACUUUUUAGAGCCAGACCCCCCUUGUGGAUUGGAAGAACCAUGCAAGUCAAGCUCUGUAUCAGCCAGGUAUGGAGUACGCAUAAAAACACCAACUGUCAAGGGAAUUCUUGAUUUAGACAAGCUAAAUGAAGAGCAAAGUAGUGACUCUGAGAGUGCAAGGCCUGGGCCUUGGGAUCGUCUUUCUUUGCCUCGAGGUGGAGACGGCAACAAACCAGCAACUUGGGAUUCUGCUAACCGCAGUGAACUAACUGACUGGAACAAAUACUCAGGGAUGCUGUCCUGCUCAGAUGACGAGAUGCCUCUCUCAGAGAGUGAAGAGCAGAGUCCUCCUUGCCAAGAUCAACCCCGCCUAUGCUUUGAGAUCAUAAGUGAUGAUGGCUUCAGUGUAGAGGCAGACAGCAUUGAAGUGGCUUGGACAGCUGUAAUCGAUGGUGUGCAGGAGGCCCGUGCUGUUGCUGGUCUGAGACAGCUGUCUUUCUCUGGGAUGACCGGGGCUCGUAUGAUGGGAAUGCUGCAUGAUGCUGUAGUCUACCUGGUGGAGCAACUCCAAGGGGCCAAAUGCUGCCAACGUCAUACCUUCCGCUUCCAUAAGCAGGCUAGUCAGGAGGACGAUUUACCCAUUAACCCAAGUGGCUGUGCUCGCUCUGAAGUCUAUCUGAGGAAGUCAACCUUUGAUAUGUUUAACUUCCUGGCGUCUCAGCACAGACAGCUUCCUGACACUGGCCUUUAUGAUGAGGAAGAGGAUGAAGUUCUUCUCAAAUCCACAAGGCGAGCAACAAGUUUGGAGCUUCCGAUGGCUAUGCGCUUUAGACAUCUAGAGAGAACAUCCAAAGAAGCCGUUGGUGUUUACAGGUCUGCAAUCCACGGAAGAGGACUUUUCUGCAAGCGAAACAUAGAGGCAGGAGAGAUGGUCAUAGAGUAUUCAGGCAUUGUCAUUCGUUCGGUUCUUACAGACAAGCGAGAGAAGUAUUACGAUGGCAAGGGCAUUGGAUGUUACAUGUUCCGCAUUGAUGACUUUGAUGUUGUAGAUGCCACAAUGCACGGUAACGCAGCACGCUUCAUCAACCACUCCUGUGAACCAAAUUGCUACUCUCGAGUCAUCAACGUGGAGGGUCAGAAACACAUAGUCAUUUUUGCCUUGCGGAAGAUCUACCGUGGAGAAGAGCUGACAUAUGACUACAAGUUCCCCAUAGAAGAUGCCAGCAACAAGCUCAGCUGCAACUGUGGUGCCAAGCGUUGUCGACGCUUCUUAAACUGAGCUGAAGUAGACCGGUAAAAACAUUGGAAUGAGGCUUGAUGGGUAAAGGGGUUCCAAGCAAAAGGUGAGAGAGAGGUACAACAUGGCUAAAUGUAGUCAACCCUUCGAUUUGGAGGUCCAUCUAGAGGUCUGAUGGCACAUAUUAGGAGAUUUCUGGAGAAUUGGAAAGGAAGACUCCAACUUGCAAGUGUUUCAGCUCAAAAAUAUAGAGUUUUGUGAGGAGAGGCAACAGAGAACUGGAGGGCUAGCUUUUCUCAGCAGAAAAGAAACAUCAAGCAUUACAAGGACAUUGUUAUUCGUUGAUUGGCAGAGUUGAAGUGUAAUUUGCUGCAAUUUUGGCAACUUUUUCAUUUUCCAUGAACCUUUUUAAAGCUGAAUGUUUUCGGCAGGGCUGUCUUAGCAACCAGUUUCUGAACAAACCUUUAAACCCAAAACAAUGAAUACCCCCCUCCCCUUUUUCCACUAGCCCCACCUUAAUGUGUUAGAUUCUCAAGCUCAUGUGCUUGACAAACAUUUUAUAGUGUGGACCACAUAGUGUGCAAAAACUUAGUGGCAGUGAAGAUACUUGUAAAAACAUGCAUACUACUAAUUAAAUGAUGUAAAUGUAUAAUUGAGAACUGUUUAUCUAUAGUUUUAAUUCUAGAACACACAGUCUUGUGUUUAGCUGAGAAAGACUCAAACUGCUCAGGACAACACUGUAUAACCCCUUAGUAUAACCCAUCAUUUUACUUCUUGUGCAUGGCAGUCGGUAAUGGACAUGUUCAUUGCAUUUCACUGUGUCUCUGGAGAGCAUCUUUGCUUGAAAAAACCUACUACCAUUUUUUUUAAUUAUUUAUUUUUGGUUUUCUGACAGGUGUAACGGACUACUUCAUUCUUUUCACAAAAGCUUAUUCUUUGUUUUUUGCGCUUGUGGUGUGGCGUAAUACUGUAAAGUUUUUUUUUUUAGUUUAUUUUUUAAACUCGUCCAUUUGAAGGCCUCCAUGGUGCUAAGCCUAACGUGAGUCCUGAAGAGGAAAAAACUUAGUUCCUCUGUCGUGUUAGAGAACUGAAAAAGUACAUGCUGUAUUUAUAAUGUCUGGAACUAUAAAAGCAAGCGGAAAAAAACUAAAACAAACCUUGUGCCCAUAUAUGUCCAUUGUGUCUUUAAACAAGCAAACCCCAUUCCGAAUAUUCAGACAGUGACAUUUUAGCAUGUUUGUGAUCUGUACGUCUGAGGAUUUCAAUUUUUUUUUUGUGUCAAUACAGAAUCAUGCCUGGAGAGUAUAUAAAUAUUUUAAUUUUUUGUUGUAAAGUAGAGGACACUACUUAAGCUAAUUGUGACUUCUAAACGCAUCCUCUUUGCAUCACAGCUUCUAGAGGUGUGAUGACAUCAUGCAAUAAAAUAAUUUCUUUGCCACAAUUGCACAUACAAUUGGAGCAUUAUCUUGGGAUUUAGAAUGUUUAAAUGUGUCCUAUAGAUAUAGGACUGUAUACUGGUGACUUACAAAAUCUCAUUACUGCAUUAAACUGUGCAGCAGAAAUAUAUCUAUAUAUAUUUAUAGAAGAGUUAUUGAGAUGUGACCUGGCACUCAGCACCUUAGAGUUUGCGUAAAUAUUGAGUCGGUUCCGCUACUCCAUGCUGAAAAAUCGACACGCUGAUGCCAUUGUUCAUUUCAUAAGAGUAUAAAGAAUUGCUCAAACUGUAGGAGUGUUGUAUUUAUUCCAUUAUGUCUUUAUGGGGAUUACAUACCUAUAGAUCUUUGCUUCGGAUGUGGCCAAGGUCUUAUCGGAAUUUUCUUCAGGGUUUUUCGUUGUUUUUAACCUUUUUCCGUUUUCUUUCUUUGAACAUUGUUUGAGGAUGAGUUCUUGCAACGUGACCUUUUUAAGUGAUGUUUUGAGCCAGCUGUAUUUUUUUUAAAUGUCGUGUUCUUAGUUGUUUCUUUUAUUUGGCUUAGUCAGAGAUAUUAACAGACAUUAUUACAUCCUGUGCGCUUAACAUCACGUUGUCGUCUCCUGCUUUAUUUCCUUUUAAGGGGGGUGAUUGUAAUCAAGAACCUGAAAUUUUAUUUGAACCUCCCAGACUUGCAAGGAUUCUACCUCAAGCUGUUCAGACAAUAUCAAGUAAUACUAAUGCAAAACUAGGUGAGAAUAGAAAAUCGCUUGAUAUGUAUUGUCAUGCAGAGUUGGCUUGUGUGCAAUGAAGGAUGCAAAGCACUAGUCAGGGCCUCCUGUGAUGAUGCGUCUCCUAGAGCUUAUUGGGGAAAAUCAGUCUGUUUCUGUGUAGGUUAUUUUAAAAAACAUGUUGAAAAAGACUUAAAAAUGAAAGAAAAAAAAUUUGUCUUUGCUACCUUGUACAAAUGAACCCUCAGUUUGUAAAUAGUUGUAUACAUAUUUCUAAACCUGUUUAAUUUUUCUAUGCACUUUUUUUUAUUUAUAAUGUUUUUUGCUUAAUAAAAUGUACAAUGUUUG